GUACGCUGCAGGACAAGAUCUCCGGCAGGAAAGCCAUCUUUGCCCGCAACGGACGCUCCCCCGUACCUCACCGCGGAAGAGGAGCAGAAGAUAGUCAAUUGGGCAAUCAAGAUGGAACACGUCGGGCUUAAGCAGAGCCGGAUUAAUAUUCAAAAUGUUGUGAAGACAUUGCUUGACAAGGAUGGUAGAGAGAAUCCCUUUGUAAACAACAAACCAGGAGAUAAAUGGUGGGGAUUAUUUGUAAAGAGACACCCUAAUCUAAAAUAUCGAAAGCAGCAACCAACGGACAAGGCACAGGUCGAUCAUGGUAUCAGAAGAGAGGAUCGAGAUGUGGUUCAUGGAGUUUGAGGCACGUCUGCAGAAGGAGAGAGCGCUGUCCAUGCUGAAUGAACCCCAUAGGCUGUUUGAUGAUGAGAUAGGAUCAUCCAUAGAUGGAAUAUUGAAUGGCUUUCCUGCAUCAACGAUGGCGGCACCAUCAACACCAGCUCCAGUAACAACACAAUCCACACCGUCCACACCGUCCACACCAUCACUGGCAGCACCUUUGACAGAGCCACUUCCACCAGAUGUCGCCCAGACACCUCUAGGUAAUGAAUCCUCUGCCUCAUACUCUGAGUACUUGACUGCUCUUCCAGGCAUGUCUCAGAACCAUAAGAAGAAAAAGGGACUACCUCCUGCAGCCAUUACAGUGGCUGAAUUCUUCCGCUAUGUGUGUGCAAGAAGAGCGAGAGAAAAGCAAGAUGAGAAGGUGGAACAAAGGAGAAAGAACAGAGAGCUAUUGGAGAAAAAAAUGGUAGAAGACGAAGAUUCGAUGGAGAUGGAUGAAGAGGUGGAGGUAGCAGAUGCAGUGAUGGUAAGGAAAGAAGGAGAAAGAUGGCCUGGAGGCUCCAUGGUUACAUGUACCCCUGAAAUGGAACAAGAGAGAAAAGAGAAGAAGAAACAAGAGGCAGAAAGGAGAAGAAAAAGUAUGGAAGUAAGCUGGGAGGUUCAGCAGAAAAAUAAGGAUCAAGUUAUUGAGAUAAUGAACAGUGCACACAAACCAGACGCAGAAGAAAUUCGGAAGAAGUUGAAAAGAGAGCACAAAAAGAAGGCAAAGAAAUUGAAGCGAGUAAAAAGGGAAGCAAGGAAAGAGAAGAAAUCAAAGACAGAACAUGAGAACGAUGCACAUGAACCAGACGCAGAAAAAUUGAGGAAGCAGCUGAAAGAGAACAAAAAGAAGGCAAAGAAAGUGAAGCAAGUGAAGCAAGUGAAAAAGGAAAGAAGGAAAAUGACGAAAGAGAAGAAGCCAAAGGCGGCCAGCAGGAAGACGAGAAAGAAGGAAGAACAUGAGAAUGAAGCUGACGAACUACGGAAGGACACACUUGUAGAAUCAAAAGCCAAGGACAGAGCAAACACAUAA